AUGGCUGGAGAGGAGCCACAGAGUGAAUUGCGGUCGCAAUUCACAGCAGAUUUGGGUCUAUGUGUGGAAAGGGAUUUGUCAGCGUCACGCGACUCUUUAUCGUUUUGGAACAACUGCUCAAUCGAACAAAAUGACAUCUCGGUGCUCACAAAGGAGCAGCUUUUGGCGCUGGUUAAAUUUUCAAACUCCAUCAUGACACAAACUGUGCCAGUAAAGGCGAUAUUACUCACGUUACGCAUGCUUAAGAACACAAUUCACGCGGAAUUUGCAGAAAUUUGCUAUCCUGACAAAGAGUCUCAUAACCUAGUUGUACAUUAUAUUGGAAAGGAGGGAAUAUUACACAAGAAGGAGGUUCUCAUGCCAACACACGGUGCAUUCUUUACAUCACUUCGCACUGGAGCUGUACUGCGCAUCCCUAAUUGCGCAAGGGACGUGAAAUUCAAGAAGGAAUGCGACCAACAUACUGAUGUGGAGCUACAAAACAUACUCUUGUGCCCGCUCUUUGACUCUAAACGCACAAUUUGGGGAGUCGGAGCUGUGGGUAACUUGGGGUUGCACUUUUCGAGUUGCCUUUCUUAUGCACCAAGCAUGACUGCUACGUCUGGUGUUCAGGAUCACUGUUUGCAGCAUAGCAUUGACGCCAGCAACAUUUCUUCCUGUACAUCCAUUGAACCCUCUAGCUACAGCAGUCCAGGAAAAUAUGAUGAUAGUUUAAUGGCUAGGUGCAGUGAAAAGUAUGAGGAGACGAGCAGUGACGAUGCGCUUGGUCCUGGAGCUGCAAAACAUGGAUUGGAGACAUUGUUGGAAACCCCUCGUGUAAUGAGUACAGUUGAUUGCGAUGGUGUCUACGUUUCAACAGAAGUGGAAUAUCAAUCACCUAGCUAUGAUUCCGUACUCUUGCAAGAUGCAGGGUUGACCCAUCGGGACUACCCCGAGUGUAGGAGUGGUGCUCGUAGUGGUGACUUGCCAAUGUCCAUCACGCCCUGUGUCUCCGGGGUCUCCGAAUUUGGAUCCCAUGAAUACAUACAGCGUGAUGAGAUAUCAACAAUGCCGUCUGCAACGGGAGAUGUUGGAGAUUGCACAGAGGGGUCCAUAGUUGAUGACGAAGCGGCAAGUGCAGGGUCAUCUUGUGGUUUGGCAAUUGUUGGUGGUGUACCUUUACAAAGUAUACCACUACCUAGCAUACAGUAUAGUAUUUCAAACCAUGCUCUUUUACCAUGGGAUGAAAACAAUGUUGCGUUUGUACUACAGGUUUGUGAGACUGGAGGUUUGUGCAUUUCGAAUGCUAUGAGUUGGAGAGAAUUUGAAGCAAAUGGAGAACGUGUGGAUGGUUUAUUGGCUUUGAUGCACUCGCUGUUUUCAGAUCAACUUGGGAUACAGUCAUGUGUUGUUGCGCUGACAACUCACGCUAGAAAAUUGAUCCAGGCUGAGCGAUGCACGGUUUACAUUGUUGACCGUUAUCAUAACCAACUAUGGUCAAUUUCCUCCGACGAUGGAUCGCAGAUUGUCGCUCCACUUACACAUGGACUUGCAGCGGAAUGUGUCAAUACUGGCCAAGUUAUUGUUGUUGAGAAUGCGUGUGAAGAUGAACGUUUUAAUGCAAUUGUAGACUCUAGGGAGGGGGUUGACAUUCGAAAUGUUGCCUGGGUUCCCAUAAAGAGUGAAGAUUGUAAUAGAGUACUUGCCGUUAUUGAAGUUAUCAAUAAACAGGCGCAGGAACUCUUGCAUUUUGGAGAAGACGAUUUGAGACUUUUGGAAAUCUUUUCCGCCAUUGUAGGUCCACAAUUUGAAAAGUCAGACUUUGCCGCCGCUGGAUCCAUUCAUGAAGUUACAGAAGCUGGACUCGCGUUUGAAAAUCUGCAGCCCAUGAGCAACGUCUUGCAAAGAAUUGCUGAGCAUUCCAUUCUGGAAACUGAAGAGGACUAA